GAAAAAAGCUAUAAGGAGUUGUUGUUGUUCGAUUAUUUCCCAAUUUUUAACUAAAAAGUGCAUUUUCUACACUAUUUUAACGCCGCAAAACGUUUGUAAAACCAGUGGGAAUGAGUGUCAAGUACGAGUGUGCUGAUUUUUCGCAGUUCCAGGAGCAACUGCGGAAGAUGCGAGAUCUGGACGAUAAAAUCAUCUACGCCCUGAACACAUCGCUGCCGACGGAAUCGUUCAAGGGUCAGGUGGAUGCCGAGGCCAAGUGCCGCGAUCUUCACGUGCAGCUUGAAUCCGGCUACAAUCACCGGCAGGAGGCCAUCAAGAACUGCAUCGUGCUGUGUGCCGAUACGGUGAAAACGCUGAAAGACCAGCGGGAAGAUAACCGGGACGAUGUGUCGCUGAACAAACAGUUUAAAACCGAGCAGCGGAAGCUCCGGUUACUGCAAGCGGAACUGAGCGUGGAGGACAUCAUUCGGGAGCGAACACAGAAAACGUUCCGGGAACGCUGCAGACUGUUCUUCCGCUUCGAUUCAAUGUAACCGUGAUCGCGCCGCGGGUGAGUCCGGUGUGGCCGGAACCAAUCGUAACCUCAGUUUGAUGGAAAUCUGGCAUUUUGAUCGAAAAAUGCAUUUAUACAUGAAUUAAGGGAUCUAGUGCAAACAAUUUUAUAAACAUGUUUCGGAGCUUUCGCGUAUCGCCGAUAAGACAAAUACAGUUGAGCAGAGUCACGAGUCAGAGAUGUUACAAAAUGUUGUUUAUUGUAGUAAAGUAAUUAGACGUUUGAUCACUAAA